GCCAGGAGCUCGCUGCAAGUUUAGCUUUACAAGUACUAAGUAGUAAUGAUUCUCCAACUAUUCUCCCGCUUUUCAGUACGCUGAUAAACAGAUUUGGAUCCAUACAUCCGAACACAAGGUGCCGGCCAAGCGCCGGCCAUUAUCAAAGAAGGUGCCAAAAGGGAGAUUCGCUGAUGGGAAUAACUAGUACCUGCAUGCCACUACUACGUGGAUUAUUAAAUAUGUCCGCUGGGAAGCGAACAACUCUCUCCCACUCCCUGGCAGUAGCAUGGGCAGGAUAUCAGUCUCAUACAGGUCCAUCGCAUGCGUUCUAGUUGUCUGCGUUCUGGCAGCCACCUUGCGCAAUGUUGUAUUUGCACCACCUGGACACCGCUUCGAGAUCAUCUCAUCGCUGGAUUUAGAUUCUCCCACGUCACCACGACCUCCCAUCCAUAAUUAUUUUCCUGAGGAUGAUGGUCUUUUCGACGAGGUCGAGGACACCAGCCACGAGGAGCUCCAGUCAGCUCCACUCCGUAAUCAUCACUACGGUGAUGAUGGGUUGCUAGUUGUCAACCCCAACGGACCCCAUCCAAUUUUUGAGCUUAUAGAGCGGGCGGAGGAAGCUUGGGCAAACAAACUUGAGCGCGCAAGCAAAACUCUAGGCGAGGCUGUUACGGAAUAUAAACGAAGAUACCGCAGGCCUCCUCCUCUUCAUUUCGAGAAAUGGUGGGACUAUGUAGUAGCACAUAACGUCCAGCUUCCAGACGAAUACGACGAGAUCUACCGUGAUUUGGAACCUUUCUGGGGCAUCGAUCCUCUGGCUAUCCAGAAAACCCGAGAAGAACUAGAGGCGCAAGAACACACUGUGGUUAUCGCAAAAUCAGAUGAAAGCCCCCACAUCGAGGUUGUCGGCUACCACCUACCGCCAGGUAGUGAAGAACCCCUCCUUAAGCGCAUCGACAAUAUAUUGCGACUACUCCAGGACGUAGAACAGUUUCUGCCUCCCUUUCGUGCUGUUUUCUCUCCUCACGACAAUCCAAGUAUGCUUUCAGAUUAUGGCGUCAGAUCCAUGGCAAUUGCCGCGGCUGCUACCCGAUCCAUUCUAAAACGGGACGAAUUACCGACUGCGCAGCGGUCUGGAUGGCUCUCGGCCUGCUCUCCAUAUUCUCCAGCCUGGGAAUAUCCCCUCGAUCUCGAUAAUCCUCCUGAGCGCCCAUCUUACAAAACGUUCAUUUCCGAUCACCGCCUGUCGAUGGACCCAUGCCUGAACCCCUUUCUUCUCCACAGCCACGGCCAGUUCCUGUCGCACGACAAAGGGCCGAAUCCACAGAGCACACUCGUUCCACGUUUCUCCUUAUGUGCCACGGUGGUUCACCACGACAUUCGACCAGCUGUUGAUUACGGCUGGGUGGAGGACCUUCAUGCCUCAGACAACCCGCCAUGGGAAGAAAAGAUAGACGAAAGAUUGCUCUGGCGCGGUACCAAUACUGGCAUUUUUCAUGGCGUUCAUACCAGGUGGCGGCAAGGGCACAGAGACCGUAUGAUACGAUACGUCAAUGAUAUGGCAGGAACAGUGGAUGUGCUUCGUUCGCCUGUGAACGAUUCCGAACCUGUUGGAGAACCCAUAUCGUUGCGCAAAGCACACCUCAAUCCAAUGAUCGACAUCCAAUUUGCCGGAAAGGCAGGCUCCUGUGCACCAAAUCUCUGCGGUGAGCUAGAUAAUUUAUAUGACUGGAGGAAAAUGCAGACACACCAAGAGGCCGGCCGUUAUAAAUAUGUCUUCGAUAUCGAUGGGCAUGGUUGGUCUGGGCGGUUUAAGCGCCUCAUCACAUCAAAUUCCCUUGUAUUUAAGAGUACAAUAUAUCCCGAGUGGUUUAUGGACCGCAUUGCGCCCUGGCUGCAUUACGUGCCUGUACAAGUCGAUCUGUCUGAUCUGUAUGAUACGCUCACAUUCUUCCGCGGUGGACCUCAAGGAGAAGGCGCGCAUGAAGACUUGGCACAAAAAAUAGCCACCGCAGGGCGCGAGUGGAGCAAGAAGUAUUGGAGGCGAGAAGAUCUAACAGCAUACACGUUCCGGUUAUUCCUGGAGUAUGCACGCGUCUCCAGCCUCGACCGCGAUGCAAUGACAUACAAAGAAGACUAGUGUACCCGCGUAAGAAGGUCGGAAAUUUGGGUUGAUCGUGUAUUUGCGAGUCGGACAGGACGUAUGUUAUGUGUAAACUUAACGACUUCCCCGAUUGUUUCAGGGCCUCUCAUGGGAUUCUGUAGGAACAAGAACCAGUUGCACAAUCAAAUUGAUUUGAUGAGAGGGAUUCAUCCUCAAUCCAGUCGCUUUCUGUUCG